AUGAGGGCCACAAGCUCCUCAACACAAGACUCGUGGCUGGACCCUUCAAACCCGGGGAGCCGACCGAGCUCUUCUGGGGGUGAUGGCUUUGUUAUUGGGAAGGAUGUCGAGUAUCUAGAGCUGGCUGGCAAGUCCGAUGGCUAUAUGCCUGGUGAUCUUGUGCUACUUGUUGCUCGUGCGCGCAAUGAGGCUCUCAUUCGCUUGGUCUGCCGAUCUGACAGCCACAUCAAAGAUGAUCACUCUCGGCUAGAGGCAACUUUGAAAGUGCUUUUGAAGCGACUUUACUCCGGGCAUCUCUUCGAAACGUCGUUUGGAAACUCGCAAAAUGCUGUUGGAAACUUUGCAGUAUCCUACAAAAUAUGCCCCGAUCUUUGCACAGUGCCCAUUGCGACUGCGGUCUGGUUUGCUUCCAUGGAUUCCCUGGAUGUGGUAAGACAAUGCUGGCCAGCGCAGUGGCUGGCGAGUGUGGAUUGGAAUUUCAUCAGUGUCAAGGGUCCCGAGAUUUCAAACAAAUAUAUCGGAGCCAGUGAAAAGAGUCCGCUCGCCCUUGCGUCCUCUUCUUCUGAUGAGUUCGACAGUAUCGCACCGAAGCGUGGUCACGACUCCACUGGAGUUACGGACCGUGUUGUCAACCAGCUUCUGACACAAAUGGACGGCGCAGAAGGCCUCUCCGGCGUCUAUGUGCUGGCAGCAACGUCACGGCCAGACCUGAUCGAUCCUGCCCUCCUUCGUCCUGGCCGUCUCGACAAGUCCCGCUUUGUGGCAUGCCAACCCACGAGAGGACCGUGUUGA